AUGGCGACGCAAAUGCCUCCCCCAAGCCAUGCAAGUGUGCAGAGUCUCUGGGACCAAGCAUUCAACUCCCUCGGCGCAGAUCUCAAGACAUCGCUCGGCCAGGCUGCGACGCAUAAGCGCGACAUUCUGGCUGCCGCUCUGGAAGCAGCGGAGACCCGAAAAGCCACUAGUCUCCGUAAACGCUGGAAGUUCAAGCGGUCAAAUGGAGAAGUCGUGAUUAUCCGAGAUGUUCUCGAAAAGAUUGCUAAAUGGAUCGAUUCCUUCAAAGCGGUUGGCGAUGCGGCUGUCCAGUUUGAUGCCAGCAACGCUUCGCUGCCCUGGGCCGCAGUCAGGCUGCUUCUUCAAGUGACAGUCAAUGAUGUCCAGCAGUACGGAACCAUGAUUCAAGACCUUGAGGUGGUGUCUCGAAUCAUUGCACGAUACAAAGAGUUUGAGAAUCUGCAUCUUGGCCGAGAUGAACACGCUCAGCCUGCACUUGAAACAGCCCUCACAGCAUGUUUGCAACCCCGUCAAGGAAGAAGUUCACUGACCCGAGCAGUCCGACUCGCCAAGAGUGUCUUUUGGACGGGCGACGAUGGGAUACGAAAGAUCUUAUCCCGAGAAGACGAGGUUCUCAAACUAGCUAAACUUCAGGAUACUUCAGAUCUGCGCUUUAUCCAGAAGACAGUUCUUCGCCUCAGGGAUCAAAUAAACAAUAACACCAAGCGUGUCGAAGAGGACGAUUAUAUAAAGAUGAUAUCCUGGAUGUCUACGUCGCCAUUCUCAAUCCAUCACGAGACCAUAUCCGAUUCAAGAACGCCAAAUUUCGGCCAGUGGCUUCUGAAGCAUGAGGCUUACAGAAACUGGUGCGAGUCUAGCUCUUCAUCAACACUCUGGAUCCAUGGAAUCACGGGUUCAGGCAAGACCAGUCUUUUCUCUGUGAUAGUUGAUUCAUUGCGGGCAACCUGGGCUUCACAGCCAGAAUCGACGCCCUUCGCAUAUUUCUACUGCCUCAAAAGCGAGUCAGAACCGGAGAGAUCGUCAGCGGACGGAUCCCUCCAUAGCAUUCUACGCCAACUCGCGAUUACAGAAACCCAAAGUGAUGUUCGAGACUUUUUCUACUCCGACUUCCAGCGCCGCUCCAGAUCAGCUCUCCUCCAGGGACUGGACCUUCCGAAAAUGAGUAGGAAAGAGUGCGUGGAUCGUAUCGUCCAAGUCGCCAAUGAAGACCCCAUCACAAUAUUGCUCGAUGGUGUUGAGCAGGUUGAGGAUGAGAGUUCCGAUAUUCUCUUGCAGUGUUUAUCUGACAUCAUUUCAAGGGCCGAGAACGUCGUCAAGGUGUUAAACACAAGCAGGAAUAGCCUCGAUAUCCUCUCAUCCCUGCCGACUGCCAAGGAGAUAAUUGUGACGGCCGACCUUGUCCAUGAUGACAUGGCUCAGUUCAUUAUUCAGAAGAUUGACGACACCAAACUAAUCAGUGGAAGGCUCUCACCGGACAAAAGAAGCUGCUUGACAAAGGAGCUGCUAGAGGGUGCAGGCGAAAUGUUCCUAUGGGUCCACCGACAAAUCCAUCAGCUUCGCAAAGUAAAGAACGAACAUGAUCUGCUUCCGGCUCUCCGGUCCAACAUUCUAUCUGAUCUCGACAUGCUAGAGUUUAUCCUCCGUACUAAGCAGUGUCUAUUCUCUGCUUCCGUAGCUCACAGUUUGCUGGCAUCGACCUGCAUAAAAGUCAGUGCGCGUGGUCCGCCUGAUAGUGGAAGCCUGGAACAGCAGGUUCGAGGCUUCUUCUUCUAUUCCGCUACGCACUGGGCAGGCCAGUUUGAGAGUUCAAGGGUUGUCAAGAAGGAGGACAAGCUGUUUCAAGAUAUGAUCUCAUUCGUCUUCGAGGAUGAGGACUAUGAUGUCAGCCUUUCCUUCGAAGCCUGGCUAGAUACUGCGAAGGAGAUUGCACGGCUGCUGCCGAGGGAUCACCCAAUGAAGCCGGCUCUUGAUGCCAUACCAAACGCAACGUCAUCUCCUCUCUUCUUAGCGGCUGUCUUUGGUAUAGACGGCCUGCUGAAUCUUAUUGCAGAGUCAGAGAGUGAUAUAGACUGGGACCAACAAAAUGGCCUUGGGCACACCGCACUCUACCUCGCCGCUGCCACUGGUCAUCUCUCCACUGUGACGGCUCUGAUUGAUAAAGGUGCAAAGCAGGACGUCGAAUGUGGUACAUAUGGAAGUCCGUUGCAUGUUGCGUGUUUCAGAGGAUAUCAAGACAUUGCAGAGGAGCUGCUUCAACACGGUGCAUCUCCACAAUGUGGCUCGAAGUUUCAGAGCGCCAUCCAAGCCGCAUCUCAAGGAGGGCAUGAAGAUAUCGUGCUCUCUCUUAUUAGGCACGAUAUUAUCAACUCCGAGGAUGACUACGAGCAAGCCAUGCAGAUGGCAACAGAGUAUGGCUUCAUCAAGGUCAUCGACCAGCUUCUGAAGCCAGAGUUCAACCACUUUGUAGAGAAAGACACACCAGACAAACACAAAAUGAGAUUAGCCAAGGCGAUCAAAGCCGGUCAGCUAUUUGUUCUACAGCGUCAGAUUGCCAAAGCACCACCGGGAGCGGCAGACACUUUCCCAAAAGACGCGGUUGCAAUCGCCGCUCUCUAUGGCCAUACAGAUAUGGUCAAGUAUCUCCUGGAACAAGGUCUCGAUAUUGAAGCCGAAGGUCAGUUCGGCACGCCACUCCGUUCAGCAUGCUUGAUGAACCACAAGUCCACGGUCGAAGAGCUACUCAAGCGCGGUGCCAACAUCAACACAGAAGAGCGGAAAGGCAAUGCCCUUUACGUCGCCGCUGCAAAAGGUCACAAAGAUAUCGUGAGGAUACUACUGGACGAAGAUGCAGAUCUUCACCAGAAAACGGGAUCUUGUGGCACUGCGUUGCAUGCAGCAGCAUAUCAUGGCCAUAGAAAAGUUGUCGAGAUGCUUCUUGACGCUGGCGCAAAUGUUCAUGUCGAGGGUUCGUCUCCAGACGCGUUUCAUGCCGCUGCUGAAGGUGGUCAUCAGAACAUCAUCAUGCUAUUCCUGGAACGAGGUUACAGGUUCCUUUACGAGCCACCGAGUCCCAAGUACAGGAGAGCUCAACCUUCACCAUACAGGCCGCUUUAUCGGGAGGUUUCUCCAGGAAGAGAUAAACAUCCUCGCUCUAAAUUGUGGCCACACCUUUGGAAACGGGCAGCUGGAACGGCCGAACCUGGGUCUGACACAGGUGCCCGUGACAAUAUCACUCGAGUCGAGACUGACGAUGAAAUGGAGAUGAUCGCUAUUGAUCAAAGGAAUUCUCUCCGUGACGAUGAAAAUAGGCAGGACGGGUAUCGGAAGAACCGUCCCCUUACAGCUAGUGCUGCAAGAGGAAGGGAUGCAGUUGUCGUGAUACUACUGAGGCAAAAAGAAACUCUGGGAUUUAUGGACUACGAAGUUGAUGCUGCUCUCAAAGCAGCUGCCUCCAACGGCCACUUGAAUACUGUUAGGAUAUUGCUCGACCACGCAUUGAAGAUGAAGGGUCCGUUUAUUCAACGCAUCUACUCGACCUUGGAGAACAUACCAGAGGGCCGUCAUGAUAUCUUGCAACUUACUCUUGCUAAGGCCCUUGAGAGUGGCUGUACAGAAGAACAGAUUGACCAGCUGAGGCUCAAGCUUCCACCAGGAAAAGAGCGGUACAAAGUCGCCGUCAUGGAGCAACAAGUUCUGGAAGCAGACCUUCUGGAAUGCUGCACCUCCGGAAAUGUAUCUGUUUUGGAGGCUAUCAUGAAUUGUAAACACCAGCAACUACUGCAAGCCAACGAGCUCCUGGAAGGCCUACAGAAGGCUACAGAGAGGGGACAUAUCUCGGUAAUCAAGAGCUUGUUUAAGCUUAGUUCUCACCUACAACGCGCUGGCAUUCCUGACGACACAUUGAUAAGCGCUGCCGGAAAGGAUCUUGAGAUAUUGAAGUUUCUCCUCUCUCAAAAAGUCGAUGUAUCUAAAUCCGAAUUCCUUCUGAGCCGAUUGAUCUAUACGGCUUGUAGCAAGGGACAGCCUGAAAUUAUCGAAUAUCUCAUAUCCAACUUCGGUAUCGAUGUCAACGCCAACAUUCCUGAAGACGAGAAACCCAGGCGCUUUAGACGUAUGAGGCAGUCUGCCGACCCUCGCCUUACGAGUGCCCAUAUAACUACCACUGAUGGAGCAGAUGGUUCGACACCGACUAACGACAGUCGUCUUGUCAGUCUUUUACAAGUUAGCCUGGGCGCUUUUGACACUUAUGAGAUGCCUUACUAUGCGAGGUGGUAUAGGGAUAAAAUAAUGCCUCAACAGCAGAAAACGAUCCAAACACUACUGAGAUUAGGUGCCGAUCCGAACAGUCUAGGUGGAAAGGAUGUUUAUCCUCUCCCAUAUGCAGCGAGAAUCUGCCCAGGUGUCGUGGUAAAGGACUUGCUUGAAGCUGGAGCAGAUGUCAAACUCGCAGGUCAAGGAGACUUAGCUCUUUUGGGAGCAGUCCAGAGAGAAAUGGAAGCCAUGGCGGUUAUGAACAGGCUAUUAGACAAUGGCCACCCUCUUCCCGACUAUUUUGACAGAGGCAAGGCGCUUCUAGACAAAGUCCUCAAAUUCUUUGAAGGCGAUAGAGGGCGGCAGACAUUCCACAGUAUUAUCGAUGACCCAGACGGCCGCUUUGAACAGGCCCCGUCUUUGGAGUACAUCUUUGAACAAGGGCCAGGGGCGAUACCCGAGUUCCUUUUACAGAAGUAUGAUACAGGCAAGCUGGAAGACACAAGAUAUGGGCUAGUUCUCCAGAUGGCUUGCGUACUGGGCAAAGCUCCUCUUGUCGAGUUGCUCUUAUCUCGGGGAGUCGGUGUGGACGCCACGGGAUAUUACUAUGGAAGUUCUCUACAGGCCGCGGCACGUACUGGCCAGCUACAGAUCGCCAAGAAACUACUAGACAAGGGAGCAAAUCCAAAUGUGAUACAGGGCCGUUGGCACACAUCCCUACACGCAGCGAUUGUUGGUGGCUAUCUCGAAAUCGUGCAGCUUCUGCUUCAACAUGGCGCAGAUCCUAAGUUGCAGUUCAGAAUUGAACGACAGUCACACAGCGAAAGAGGGUUAGCAUCAUCAAGCACACUUCAGCUUGCUCUACAAGAGGGACAUACGGAAAUUGCAAGACUACUCCUUGAUACGGACCCAUCACUAGUCCAAGAAGAGGGUCGCCUCCAACAUCCUCUUAUCAUAAGCUGUCAAAAAGGAGACGACGCCAUGACAGAGCUGUUACUAGAAGCCAAUGCUCCAUUCAAUGUACGAGGCCACAAAGAAGCUAAUGUGGCAAGUAUGGAGGUUCAAGAUGCGAGUCCUUUGCAUGCUGCUAUUUCUGGACGUCAUGUCAACGUCGUCAAAGCGCUUUUGUUGAGGGGCGCUGAUGCCAACCUAGAAGUUGACGACUGUGACUGCCAAACACCACUGUUGGCAGCGAUCCAAAGAGGGGAUUUGCGUAUAAUAAGACUCCUUCUUGACUCUGGCGCAAAGCUCGACAGUUACAGUCUUCAGAAAGCCUGCAGAAGUGGAGAUCUUGCUAUUGUUGAGGCACUUCUUGAACAGUUGUUCAAUGACGGGGAGGGCCCAUUUGAGAUCAUUGACGAAACUUUGGAUUCACUGAUAAUGGAAAAGUUUACUGACUACAGAACUCUCAACCUUGUCCUUGACUAUGUACCUCCAACUCCGAAAAGAUUUCUCUUGGUGUGUUCCUCAGGCUCUGUUCCCCUGGUACGAAGAAUGAUUCAACAAGGCAUCAGUGUCGAUGGCAGUGAUGAAGAGGAAGAUAGUCCCUUGCAAGUAGCUUGCUACUACUUGAACUUUGAAGUGGUGCGGUUACUGUUACAACGCGGCGCGAACGUCCGAUCAAGAUCAUCUCAGCCAGGAGACCCAAUUACUCUGGCACUAUGGGCUUGCGCUUUACCCUUGCAGCAGCAACUGGAGCAACGAGGGACAAGACAUCAAAAAUAUCGUGCAGAAAGUGCGGACUACCGAUCGAUACAGAGAUGUACUAGCAUCGUUCGGAUUUUACUUGAAUGCGGCGCCACUCCUGAUGGUGGAACGCAUGAAAUGGAGAGUCCACUUCAGCUGGCUUCUUUUAUUGGCAACUUGGAAAUCUUUAAGCUUUUGAUCAAAAACGGAGCCAGCGUAGAUAAAAUCACGGGAAGCUUCAAGACUCCCCUUUUCUCAGCUUUACAAGGGAACAACAGUGACAUCAUAUCACUGAUUCUGGAAAAGGGGGUCGACGUCAACUACGUUCAUCCAAUUCAUGGUUCAGCAUUGCACUUGGCCUGCCAGUAUAAUAACGAGCCUGCUGUUCUACAGUUACUUCAACAUGGUGCCUCACCCGCUUUGAAAAACGCAAACAGAGUCACAGCUCUAACGUUAGCCCUCGAGUCUGCAGCCUCUUAUUAUGGUGCAAGCCAGAAUAUAUCCCGACUCAUUUGUCGACACUCGACAACGCUCGACAUCACGGAUAGCGACAUCAUAGCUGCAGCUCGGGUAGAGCCCAGCGACUUGCUGUCUUUUCUCCUUGACAGGAGAGGAGAAGAGCCAGUGACAGAAGAUCUCGUCAUUCGUUUCCUCAGCGAAGAGAGACGGCCAAGUCAAGAAAACCUGGAGGUUUUGUUUGAUCGUAAUCAGGGACUGGAAAUAACUCCAAAGAUGCUGAAUGUUGGGCUCUCUGAACAGGCUUUCAGAAGUCUAACACAGGCUCGCCAGCUUUCAGUGGACAUUACUCCUGACAUGCUCGAAUCUCAAACAGAUCUCGGGACCCUGAAAGCACUCAUAGGGUACCAGCCCGACGUCGAAGUAACGGAGGGUCUUGUGAUUAAAAUACUGUCAAUUGUCCCGCGUUACAGCAGAUGGUGGCAAAGGGAAGAGAGUACCGAGCUUCUCUUGUCACUAUGGCCUCGAGACUUGCCAUUAUCAGUGACUAACGCCAUGCUGAAAGCAGCAACGUCAUUGCCCCACCUAGAGUUCUUACUCGAGCGCCUUGGUUCGGCCCAAGGACAGUUACAAGAUGUCGCGGUAUGGAUUUGCGAACAGGGCACUGAUUAUUCCGGCACGCGAGACAACAUGUUAGCACUGGUCCUGAAGGUUGACCCAAAAGUUGACCUCUCACUUUGUCAUCUUGAGAAGAUAAUGGUUGGUGCCAAGCCUUUGAUGUUAGAUAUGGUCUUGACGCAUACGCCUUCCCUUCCAAUCACAGAGACGUUAUUUCUCAGUAUCUUCAGAGAGUAUCCAGACGCCCUAGAGUACACGCGCAAAGAGUUUGCGGAAGUACUUAUAAGGCACAAGAAGAAAUUUGUUUUCACGGAGAAGAUUCGCGAAGCUAUUGAUACGGCGUAUCAAAAGCAUUCUGACAUGGACAAGAGAGACACAUGGUACAAUUUGAGGGAAAGGGAUGAAUCUCAGGAGGAAGCUGAGGCCAGGCAGGCAGAGGAGAAUGAUGGAAACAAGAACGGCGAUCACGACCACCCACGAGACAAUAUGGGUAAGUGA